AUGUUAUUCUAUGAGUUCUUGUACACUGGAAUUGGACAAUUCAUCGCCGCCUAUGCGCCGAACGCUGUUUUCGCAUCGUUGGCGAACCCUCUCAUCAUCGGCAUAUUGGUAUCGUUUUGUGGCAGCCUGGUGCCUUACUCACAGAUGCAUAUAUUUUGGCGAUAUUGGCUCUACUGGCUAAACCCCCUCACUUACCUAAUGGGCUCACUACUCGUCUUCGCAACCUGGAACGACAAUGUGGAAUGUUCAGAACGGGAUUUCGCCAUUUUCGAUACGCCUGGCAAUGUGACAUGCCGCGAAUACCUCUCGGAGUAUCUCGAAAGUGCAAGAGGACAACUUGCCAAUUUGACAAACCCGAAUGACCUCAGUAAUUGUCGAGUCUGCGAGUACAAGACAGGACAAGGUUACCUCUACACGCUCAACAUCGACCAUCAAUAUCAAGGCUGGAGAGAUGCCGCCAUUGUGGUGAUCUUCGCAAUCAGCUCCUACGCAUUAGUUUACUUGUUGAUGAAGCUCAGGAUAACGCAAAGCAAGACAACAGAGUGA